AUGUACAUCGAUGCGUGCGCUCCGUCCUCUCGUUUUACCAUCGAACGGUGUGCAAUGUUCGAGGAGGACGGUGAUGUUGGUGCGAAGGUUAUGGCCGCAAAGGAUGUGAAGAGUAGGACUGUGAUUCAGGAACUGUGUGGUAGGCUGGUGACGGUUAGGGAAUCAUUUCUGAAGCCUGGACGAAAUGAUUUUUCUGUCGUCCACAGCGAAUACAGCAAGAAGGCGCAGUUAUGGUUGGGUCCCGCUGCUCACGCAAACCAUGACUGCGAAAGCAACUGCGACAUUCACUAUCUGCGGAGGGGUGUGGCGUGCCUUCGCACCAACAGGCCAAUUCGUGUCGGUGAGGAAGUCACUGUGUACUACGGGCCAAAUUAUUUUGGGACGAAUAAUGUGCAUUGCCUUUGCACAACUUGCAAGGCAAAAGUGGAAGGUGUGUAUGCUGAUACGGAACCUCCACUAGUAGCAAGACCGUUUUUGCAAUGUGCCCAUUGUCUUACGAGGUUCCGGUAUAAAUCGUGGUUGGUGCGGCAUCUUUCGAGUCACGCGCGCAUCGAUAAGUUUUCAUGUGGGGAAUGCGGUGAGUCCUUCAGCAGAAAAUCAUCGUUGAAGAGGCACGCCAAAGGCCACGAUUCCUCCAUGGAAAAAUUUCAAUGUACGCUGUGCCCAAAGACAUUCACACGGAAGGAAGAUGCCGCUCGCCACGAAAACGUUGUCCACCUUAAAUUGUCAACUCAUAAUUGCAUGGAUUGUGAGUUGACAUUUAAGUCCAAUAAAGAGAGGCAGUACCACCACAACCGGGUCCACAGUGGAUUGAAACCCUUCUCUUGUCCGCAGUGUGAUGCUGCCUUUCACGCACCAAAUGCUCUGUAUAAUCACACGAAAAGGCGGUGA